AUGAAGAAGAGACUAAAAAACGGUUGCGCAAUCUUCUCAGUAUUCUAUCCGGUGAUUGAGUUACAUCUUCAAUUCCUGAUUCGCAAUAACAAAGCAGAUCUGCGAUUACUGGAGCGAAUCAAGGAUGAGGUUCGUCAUUCGGUUACACACAAUGCCACAGUUCUGGCGAACGGCCUUAUGCAUUGUGGUACUACCUCAGACCAAUUUUUAAGGGACUAUCUUAACUGGCUAGGAAAGGCUAGGCGAGUUAUAUUUUCUAUAAUCUUUCCUUAUAAAUAUGGUUCUCACAUUUGUAACCUUAAUAUCCUAGGUCAUGAAAAGGAAGCUCUUCGUCUGAUGUCAGCAUAUCUACCCAAAGAAGUCAACGGCAGCUCGGGAUCUGUGUAUACUGAAGGCGGUGGGCUUUUUGCUCUGGGCCUUAUUCACGCUAACCACGGGGCAGGCAUGACAGAAUAUCUUUUGAAUCAAUGUAAAGAGGCUACUUCUGAGCCGGUCCGACAUGGUGCUUGUCUUGGUCUCGGAUUAGCUGCCAUGGGUACUGGCCGCGAAGAUGUUUAUGAGCAAAUCAAAUCCAAUCUUUAUCAAGAUGAUGCAGUGUCAGGUGAGACCAUGUGCUUGGAUUCUGAGGUCACUCAGCUAGAUAAGAGUGAAUCGGCCGGUAUUGGAAUGGGUCUUGUAAUGCUCGGCACUGGUUCUUCUAGAACCAUUGAAGACCUGUACGGUUAUGCAAAAGAGACUGCCCACGAGAAGAUAAUUCGUGGAAUUGCUAUUGGUAUCGCGCUCGUUAUGUACGGAAGACAAGAAGAGGCUGAUCAGCUCAUUGAUAGCCUCACAAAGGACAAUGAUCCAAUUCUCCGAUGGUCAGGUAUGGCCACCAUUGCAAUGGCUUAUUGCGGAACUGGAAAAAAUCGUGCAGUUGAACGUCUUCUUCAUGCGGCUGUUAGUGAUACUAGUGACGAUGUUCGACGAUGGGCCGUCACCUCUCUUGGGUUUAUUCUUUUCAAGUGA